UAUUAUUAAUAUUAAUAUUGGACUUAUUACAGUGGUUCUGGUGACUGGCGCCAGUGGUUUCAUAGCAACACACAUUGUACAACAAUUACAAGAGGAAGGGUACCGCGUCAGGGCCACUGUCAGGUCACUGGAUAAUGAGGAGAAAGUUCGACAUAUCAGGGAACUCUGCCCUGAGGCUAAGUAUCCCGUUGAACUGGUUGAGGCAGACCUAAACAAUUCAGAUUGUUGGUCAAGCGCAAUCAAAGACUGUACGUACGUUAUCCACGUUGCUAGCCCAUUCCCUGCAGAGAACCCCAAAGAUGAGAACGAGAUUAUUCGACCGGCUGUAGAGGGCACCACCAGUCUGCUGAAGGCAUGCCAUGAUGCCAGGACAGUCAAAAGGGUGGUGUUGACAAGCUCUGUUGCCGCCAUUGCAGGUACAUUUUCCUCUGAACAAAACAAGAUAUUUACCGAGGAUGAUUGGACAGAUCUGACCAAAGUGGACCCCUACCCUAAGAGUAAGACACUGGCAGAGAAGGCUGCCUGGGACUAUGUACAGGGAUUGCCAG